AUGGAUCCUUUUCUACCUUUUGUGCCAACUCAGCAUCACCAAUUCGAAUCAGACCCUUCUCAGCAGCUAUGUCUGGUUCCUAAUGAUCACAUUCAAUCUGCUCAAUCACAAAUAAAAUCAUUAAAAUUCAAAAAAGCGAAAUUAAAAGCUGAACAAAUCACAUCCCUAGAAAACCAAGUUGCUCUUUAUACUCAAAAAAUCCAAGCACUAACUAAAGAAAAAACCAGCCUUUUAACAUUCGAAAAAGAAAAAUUGACUGAGUUUAAUGCAAACUUGCUAAAAUUAGAAGAAAAUCAUCAAGAAGAGCUAAAACAGCUCGAUGCAAAAAAUGACCGUGAAUAUCAGUUCCGAGAAGAAAAAUUCGAUGCCACCCUUAAAGAAGAAUUCAAAAGAUACUACCAUCUCCGAGAAGACAUGGAAGAAAUGAAAGUAAAAUUUGACCAAGAAUUGACUACCAUUAUGAUCGCCCAUCAACAAAAACUCAAAGAAUUUGAAGAUGCCUACAGCGAAAAUCUAAAAGAAAUAAAAAAUUCUUAUGACUCUUUACUGGAAAAAAUGAAAGUUGACUCAGAACUCUACGAAAAUCAAAUUUCUCUAUUAGAGCAAGAGCAUGAAAAAGAAAUUGAUGCCACUAAAUCAAGAAAAAAAGAAGAACUUGCCUCAGAACAGUCCAAAACUGAAGAGCUCUACAAGAAAAGCAGUGUUUUAAAAGAAACUAAAUGCAAACUUAAAGAAGAAAAAUCUACUCUGAUGAAGGUUGUUUCUGAGCUAGAAGAUAUAAAUAAAGAAAGACUCUCAGAAGCAGAAACCCUCAGAAAUAAGCUGAAUAAAACUGAAGAACAAAUAGGUGAAAGAGAUGAAGUUAUUAAUAGAAAAGAAAACACAAUAAAAGAACUCCGCGCUUUUAAUAUCCAUUUAAUGAAUUUUCACUUUGUCUUAAACCAAAAAAUUAGCAGCUUAAAAGACGAAAGAGAUCCUUUAGACGUAAAAAUAAAAGAGCGUGAAGAAACUAUCCGUGAUAUGUAUACUGACUUCCCCUUGGAUAUCUAGCAAAAAUUAUCAAGGAUUAAUUUUUUUAAAAUAUAAUAUAAAAAAAUAAUUUAAAAUUCAACUGUAUAAAACCUAAAAUUUAGUUUAAAAAAAUUUUCCGAGUUAAUUUUAAAUAAAUAGGGCUUUUGUAAUGGCUUCGUUUGCUAACAAAUGGGAGAGUGAGUUGCUAGAAGAAUUUUCUAAUAAAAAAUUAUUGACUGAAAAAGUUCAAAGGCUAAAAGAUAAAAAUAAAGCAGUGGAUGAGCUAAACAAAACUUUAAGAAAGCAGAUUUUUCAGAAUAAUAGAAAAAUUACUUUAUUUCAGAGUGAUUUAGCACAUUUAAUUAGAACAACUGACAGAGACCAUAUAGCGCUAAAAUUAAUGGAAUUAUAUGAUAAGCAUGCAAAUUCAGUGGAUACUGAAGAAACUGAAACAUACUCUGGAGUCAUAGGAAAAGACAUCAGAGAAACUCUAAUGGAAGCUAACAUGCAAAAAACGCAAGAAGAAGCUUUGCAAUAUCAUUCUUCUAUUAAAGAAAAGCUGCAUAACUUCCAAAGCCAAAGCAAAAGAUAUCAAAAAGAAAAAACUGAGUCAUUAUUUAGGAAGCAGCACGAAAACGCAUUUUUAAUUAAAGAAUGCAAUGAGCUGAGGAAUGAAAAAAUGCAGCUCACAAAGGCAGUUUCAAAAAUAAAAAAUGAAGUAGAAGAGCUUUCUCGGCAGGUCAGCUUGACCUCUCCAAUUGCUCCCAAGCAAAUGCAUCACACUGGGUCCUUGCCAGAUUUAUUUGACUUCAAAAAUACCUCAAAAUCAAAAGGCCCUGAUAAUAAGCUCCAAAGUAUCAUUACCAAGCUGGAUAAAAACAGAGACAAACUAUCGCAGCAGAACCUGGAAAUUAAGAAACUUGAAGAGAAAAUGUCUAAUAUAUUGCAAGGAUAA